AUGCAUGUGGGCGUGCAUGUGGGCAUGCAUGUGGGCAUGCAUGUGGGCGUGCAUGUGGGCAUGCAUGUGGGCAUGCAUGUGGGCAUGCAUGUGGGCGUGCAUGUGGGCGUGCAUGUGGGCGUGCAUGUGGGCGUGCAUGUGGGCGUGCAUGUGGGCGUGCAUGUGGGCGUGCAUGUGGGCAUGCAUGUGGGCAUGCAUGUGGGCGUGCAUGUGGGCGUGCAUGUGGGCGUGCAUGUGGGCGUGCAUGUGGGCGUGCAUGUGGGCGUGCAUGUGGGCGUGCAUGUGGGCGUGCAUGUGGGCGGGCAUGUGGGCGGGCAUGCGGGCGGGCAUGUGGGCGGGCAUGCGGGCGGGCAGAUAUCAUACAAUGACUUCGUGGCGAGUGGAUCGUACACGGCUGCCAAGGAGAAAGGCCUCCUGCGAGCUGAGGGCAAAGAGGUGCGGCAGGGAGAGAGAGAGGAGAAAAGGGCGGGGGGGGGGGGGGGUGCUGAUGCUGCAAAUCCCCUCCCCCCACUGCUCCUGCAGAUCCCCUCCCCCCCACUGCUGCACCCGCAGCAGGGGUGGAGGAGAAAAGGGGGGGGGGGCGGGGGGGGGGCUGGUGCUGCAGGUCCCCUCCCCCAACUACCGCAUCCGCAGCAGGGGGAGAUAGGAGAAGGGGGGGGGCUGGUGCUGCAGAUCCCCUCCCCCCCCACUGCUGCACCCGCAGCAGGGGGGAGGGCACGCGGGCAGGAGGAACCCCCUCUUGCCACCCCCUCACCCACCAUGUUGCAACAGGGCACCGGGGCCGCGGUUAGGGGCGGCAGGUCGCAAGGGGCCAUGGCUAGGGGCGACGGGGCCAUGGCUAGGGACGGGGCCGGGCGCUGGGCAGGUACGGGGCCGGGCGCUGGGCGGGUACGGGGCCGGGCUCUGGGCAGGUACGGGGCCGGGCUCUGGACAGGUACGGGGCCGGGCUCUGGGCAGGUACGGGGCCGGGCGCUGGGCAGGUACAGGGCCGGGCGCUGGGCAGGUACGGGGCCGGGCGCUGGGCAGGUACGGGGCCGGGCGCUGGGCAGGUACGGGGCCGGGCGCUGGGCAGGUACGGGGCCUGGCGCUGGGCAGGUAAGGGGCCGGGCACUGGGCAGGAACGGGGCCGGGCGCUGGGCAGGUACGGGGCCGGGCGCUGGGCAGGUACGGGGCCGGGCGCUGGGCAGGUACGGGGCCGGGCUCUGGGCAGGUACGGGGCCGGGCGCUGGGCAGGUACAGGGCCGGGCGCUGGGCAGGUACGGGCCGGGCGCGGGCUAG